AUUAACAAGAUGUUGAGAAGCUUGUUUCUUGUUUUGUUGUUGAUCCAUGCAACCUUAGCUGCACGGAAACAUCCACUUCAAAAUCUACCUAAGUACAAAUGGUCAACAUUAAGUGGAAACGAGCCGCUUGUAAUAGCACGUGGAGGAUUCACAGGUCUAUUCCCAGAAGGCAGUCCAGAAGCAAUUGGACUAUUCCCAGAAGGCAGUGCAGAAACAAUUGGAAUAUCAAUGAACAAUAGCAUUUUUCUUUGCAAUAUUCAGUUUACAAAAGAUGCUGGUGGAUUUUGUGUGACAGGAAUCAAUCUUGACAAUGCAACAAGUAUAGCAAUGUUUGAUCCAAAAGAGAAAACUUACAACAUUAAUGGGAAGGAUGUGAAAGGACACUUUAUGGUGGAUUACACUGGUGCUCAGAUUUACGACAAUGUGUCAAUGAAUCAGGCCAUUUUUUCUCGUCCAGAUUUCUAUGAUGGCAUGUCUGCAGCACUUAAUGCUGAUGAUGUACUAAGUGGCAAAACUCCACCAAGGUUCUGGUUGAAUGUUCAGUACGAAGCGUUUUAUAACCAACACGGAGUACAGUUAGUUGAUAUUGUACUAGAAAUGUUGACCCUUUAUAAGAUAGACUUUGUUUCAUCUCCAGAGAUUGGUUUCUUAAGAAGCAUCAAUGGGAAAGUGAACAAGAUGAAAACUAAGGUUGUCUUUCAAUUUCUUAACGGUAACGAUGUCGAACCCACAACAAAUCAGUCAUAUAGCACAAUUGUGAAGGAUCUUGCAGCAAUCAAGUCAUAUGCAUCAGGCAUAAUGGUGCCAAAAGAAUAUAUAUGGCCAGUUAAACCAGACAAAUACUUGGGGCCUCCCACAACAUUAGUACCUGAUGCACACAAACAAGGACUAGAAGUGUAUGCUACUGGCUUUGCUAAUGAUUUCUUUACAAGUUACAGUUAUAACUAUGAUCCUACAGCUGAGUACCUACAAUUUAUAGUGAAAGGGGAAUCUGUUGAUGGUCUUGUUACUGAUUUUCCUUCAGGGGCAUCAAAUUCAAUAGCAUGCUUUGCACAGAACAAUACCAUGCUGAAAAAAGGACAAGCUUUGAUCAUAAGCAAUAAUGGAGCAAGUGGUGUAUAUCCAGGUUCCACUGAUCUUGCUUAUCAGCAAGCAAUAGAUGAUGGAGCUGAUAUUAUAGAUUGCUCAGUUCAAAUGACAAAAGAUGGAACUUCAUUCUGCUUAAACACUGCAGACCUAAUGGAAGAUACAACUGCUAUGACUAAAUUCAUGUCGCGAUCUUCUAAUGUUCCAGAAAUUCAAACAAAGAGUGGAAUUUUCUCAUUUGAUCUCACAUGGAAUGAGAUUCAGUCCUUGCAACCUCAAAUUUCUAGCCCUUUUGGCAGUGGCUUCCAAAGAAAUCCAGCAAACAAGAAUAGUGGUAAAUUUGUUUUGCUUUCUGAAUUUUUGGAGUUGGCCAAGGCUAAGGAAGUCACCGGAAUUUUAAUAAACAUAUCGAAUGCUGCUUACCUUGCUUCAAAGAAAGGCCUUGACAUUGUUGGUGCUGUAAGCACUGCCUUAAGUAAUGCAACUUUUGACAAGCAAGUCACACAACAAGUUCUGAUUCAAUCCGACGAUAGCUCAGUGCUGUCCAAGUAUAAAGACAUUUCAUCUUACAAAAGAGUGUUUUUAGUUGAAGAUAACAUAGGCGAUACACCUAAGAAAACCGUUGAUGAAAUUAAGAAGUAUGCAGAAGCAGUGAAUCUUCCAAAAUCAGCUAUUGUUAAAGUAUCUGGUUCUUUGCUAACAGGAAUGAGUAAUGUUGUUAAGGAGUUGAAAGAUGCAAACCUCACAGUAUUUGUUCAUACUCUUAGGAAUGAGUUCAUGUCUAUGGCUUUUGAUUACUGGUCAGACCCUAACAUGGAGAUUGCUACUUACAUCCAUUCUGCCAUGGUUGAUGGAGUAGUCACAGAUUUUCCAGCCACUACAAAUAGAUAUCUCAGAAGCCCAUGUAGUGAUCUCCACAAUGUGCCUACCAUCUUACCAGCUCAGGCAGGUGAACUACAAAGUACUGUUCUACCAACAUUACUGCCACCAGCAGAAGCACCACUUCCACCUCUUGAGGUUGCAAACGUUGUUGACCCACCUCUUCCCGCGGUGACUAAUGUUGAUACUCCCGCUGCACCUGCACCUGCACCACCACCUCCAACUCCACCUCCACCUCCUUCAGGUGCUUGGGCAAAUACUGUCAAUCAUGGCCUUUCCCUAGUUGCAAUUACUAUGCUUGUCAUUAAUCUUAUUUUGUGAUAAUACCUUAUGUGAUACAAGUGUUUAAAUUGUUAUCUAUAACAUAGA